AUGUUUGUUCUUCUUCAGGACGACAAUGACGAUUAUUGCGCGUCGUGUAGUGGAAGUGGCGACUUGGUCUGCUGCGAUGGCUGCACGCGAUCCUUCCAUUUCAACUGUGUUGAUCCGCCCGUCCACGAGGAUCGUGAUCUUCCCGAUGAGUGGUUCUGCAACGUGUGCAUUGCGCGGCGCAAUCCGGCGUCCCUGACGCGCUACACGGGCGUUUUUGGUGCACUGCUCAAUAUCAUGGAACAGAGAAAUUCCAGUGCCUUCAGCCUGCCCAGCGAGACGCGGAACUACUUUGAGGGUGUGAAAACGGGAACUGAGGGCGAGUACGAAGACAUCGUCGUGACUGGUACCAGUCGAACAAGGUUUGUUGAAUCCCCGCACCUGGCACCUGGCAUUGGUCCCAAGUCUUUGCCCACGUGCAUUUUCUGUUCUAUACUGUCAUGCGACUCACACCAAAGUUUUAGAAAACGCAACUAUGAUGAGGCACCCGACUUUUUCAGGAUUCGUGACAACGAUGGCAAUCCAGUAUUGUGCCACAUCUGCAACAGCUCUGCCCAAGACAACAGGCCCAUCAUCCCUUGCGCCUAUUGUGGUCUGUGGUGGCAUAUUGAUUGCUUGGAUCCUCCUAUGGCGAACCCACCCGUCUUGCGGAACUGGCGCUGCCCGGCACAUACCGACGACAUCUUGGCCAAACUCCCCGGCCAGCUUGGACCUGCGCACCGCUUCCGCAAAAUCAAGGGCGCCCCCGUCGUCAAGCCUUCGUACUCUCGUGGCAUGAUCAACAAUGGGUUCAUCGAGUUCACCUCGGACGACGAUUCGUCGGACAGCCAGAGCGGGUGGAAGCACGUGCAGACCUUUGGCCGUAUGCAGCGCAUUGGGGCACGCGGCGUGGAACUCGAUUUUCUGGAGCAGAUCCGAAGAGAGCAAAACACUGGCAAACAGCGGCGUGCGCGGAUGCACCGCUAUCAAGAGCGCCCCGAAUUUCGCAACGAUGACAUUGAGGUCGUGCCCAAGGCGGAGCCUGCAGCCGAGCCCAACCGUGUCCUUCUUACUGAUCGCCACCGCAUAGACGAAGCCCAGGCUGCGCAAAACCUCUCUGCUCUCUAUACCUCGGAGGAGCGAACGGAUCGCAGCGGGGAGUUGAUCAAUGCUCUCUUGUCUCAAGCAGAUGCCUCUGUGAUUUCUAUGAUGGCACAGGGUAGCCCGCUCAACAUUGAAAUUGGCUCGGCUUUGACACAGGAAGACCUGGCUGCUUUGCAAGCUAUGCGAGCGCGGAUCGACCUCUUGUUAUCCAAUCCAAGAACGAGGCCAGAAAGCCAUCAAGUUAACGACCUGAAGGCGAGGGAAGCCGGCGCAGACGAGGCUCAGGACGUCCCGGAAGUCGCCAUGGAAGAUGCACAGGUGGCCGGCGAGGGGCUUCCAGAACCUGGUUCUGAACAGAUCGUUCCAGAAACGAACGAAGUCAUGAGCCUCGUCUCGGACAAUGGCGAGAACGAAGACGAGGAUCCUCCGACAAUUACAACCCCUCUGAAUGCCUCAGAAGAUGAGCCAGGCUCUGCUGUCUGGCCAGUUGAGCACAGCGUCAGCGACCCCGGCAGCGGAAAUGGUACACUGCCGGCGUCAGCCAAGGCCGAACUCUCCGAGAAUGAUAUUGACGGUUUCCGUUUAUGCGAUCACAACAACGCCAAACGGCCACCAGCAGCAGGCGAUUCCGUGCCAGCGCCUAUCCUCGAGAAGACGCUGGAGACGGUUGCAAUUUCGAACACGGCAGACGGCGACAAGGAGAAGGAGGACAAGGAGGACAAGGAGGACAAGCAGGGCGAAGGCCAGCAAGGCGCCGAUGCUACGACUAAUGGCACGUCAUCCCCGCCGACGCCUGUGCCAGCAUCCUCGGAAACCGCUGUGGGAGACGAAGACAACAAGGAGAACGAGAAGAUGGCCGACCGCCUUGAUAAGCAGAGCGAGCAGGUAGACGGUGGUCUAGAGAGCACCGAAGCCCGCACCGAGACCAACGACGCUGCUGACACAUGA